AUGUCGGCCAUCACUCGCGCGUCGGUAAACCGCGUGGACGCGGCCGGCGUGUGGUUCGACUGCAACGACGGCUUCGCGCUCCGCGUGACCCCCGUCGCGCGCAACCUCUUCCGCGUGCUCUUCCUCCGCCCCGGCGGCCUCCGCGAGCCGCGCACCUGGUCCGUCUGCUGCGGCUCCGCGGAUGCGGAAUCCGCAUCUGUAUCGGUGCCAUCUGCAUCUGUAUCGGUGCCAUCUGCAUCUGUAUCGGAGCCAUCUGCAUCUGUAUCGGUGCCAUCUGCAUCUGUAUCGGUGCCAUCUGCAUCUGUAUCGGUGCCAUCUGCAUCUGUAUCGGUGCCAUCUGCAUCUGUAGCGGCGCAAUCCGCAGCGGAAUCUCCUUCCGCAGCAGUAGCAGCUGGUGCAGGGGCAGCAGGCGCAGCAGCGCCAGGCGCACCACGCGCGUUUCAAGUGCCGUUCACAGGCGAUCUCCCGCAAAGCCCGCUGCUGCCGUCACCGCACGAUCCCCCAUGGGAGGGUUACGACCGCCUGAACAUCCCCUUCGCGCCCAUAGAUUACUCCGUAGAGCAAACUACGGUGGCCCUGACAGAACAGAGCACUCUCCCGCAAUCGGGGAGCGCUAUAACGGAGAGUGCUGCCCCCCAAGCUCCUGCCGUGACCAUCCGCUCGUCGCAGCUGAUCCUGACCGUCCGCCCUCUCAAUCUCCACUCGCGCCGCCUCGCUAUCGGCAUGCGCGACGCGCUCGGCUUCGACCCGUUACAAGGCGAUCCCCUUUAUAAGCACUGGCCGCUGCUGCUGACGCGCGACGGGCGCACGCGCAUGUGCUACGGCCAGCUGUACGACAGCCUGGCAGAUGGUGCUGACGUGGACUUGGGGUCCGACGCUCCAGAUGCGCAGGCCCGCAUCUCCCGGUUCAUCUCAGCCGCCCGUUCCACCCACAUGCCCGUCAGCGCGUUUCACUUUGGUUCCGGCUACACCACGAUCGGCAAGCGGAGGUACGUUUUCCACUGGAACUUAGCUAAGUUCCCGGAUCCGCAGGGGCUGGUGGGGGAGAUGAGGGCGGCUGGGAUGCGGGUGGUGGCGAAUGUUAAGCCUUGUAUGCUGGUGGACCAUCCGAGGUAUGCGGAGGUGGGUGGGAAACAUGGGUUUGUUUUCUUGAGUGGGGAUGCAGCGGCAGGAGAUGCAGAUGGGGUAAAGGGGACAGGAGGAGCAGGAACAGGAGUGAAUGUGGCAGGAGGAGGGGCUGGAGGAGGGGCAGGAGUAGGGGGAGGGGGAGGGGGAGCAGGAGCAGCAGGGACAGAGGAGGAAGCGGAGUCUUUUCCAAAGCCGAGUGCAGCAGAGCCGCCAGCAACAGCUGAAUCUAGACCGCCGGCUAUAAGCCAGUUCUGGGACGGGCUGGGAGCACAUCUAGACUUCACCAACCCAGCCACCAUAGCCUGGUGGCAGGCCAACAUGCAGCGAGCGCUGCUAGAUGUUGGUAUAGAGACCGCGUGGAAUGACAAUAACGAGUAUGAGAUCUGGGAGGAGGAUGCCUGCAGUCACAUGUUCGGGCGCCCCGAGCAUCGGCCGAUCCACGCGCUGAUGAUGACCCGCGCCUCGUUCGAGCAGCAGGUUCGGGCCGAGCCUGGCCGCCGACCCUACUCGGUAACCAGAGCUGGGGGCUUCGGCAUUCAGAGAUACGCACAGACCUGGUCUGGGGAUAAUUCCACUAGCUGGAAAUCACUCAGGUGGAACCUCCACCUAGGCCUCUGCCUCUCCCUCUCCGGUCUCUUCAACUGCGGCCAUGACGUCGGCGGCUUUUCCGGACCUCCUCCCGAGCCUGAGCUCCUGGUUCGGUGGGUCCAAGCCGGCCUGCUGCACCCGCGAUUCCUCAUGAACAGCUGGAAGCCUGACGGAACCAUCACCUGCCCUUGGAUGUACCCCGAAUCGAUCCCAGCCGUCCGUUGGUCCGUGCGGCUCAGAUACCGCCUCAUCCCGUACCUCUACUCUCUCUCCUUCCGAGCUUCUUUUUUCCACGAGCCGAUGAUCCGCCCGACUUUUUAUGAUUUUCCGGAAGAUGACCGAUGCUGGAGGGAUGGGGAGGAGCUGAUGGUGGGACCCAUGCUGCUAGCUGCCCCAGUGGUCGAACGCGGGGCACGCCAGAGAAAAGUUUACCUGCCCGGCGGGCAGUCUGGGAAGAAAAGAACUGCUGACUCCUCUGAAACCAAAGCUCUGUGUUCGGGCUGGUUUGACUUUUAUUCGGAGGAGUUUUUUCUGCCCGGGCAGGUCGUGACGGUGGCGGCUCCGCUUGACCGGGUGCCGUUGUUUGUUCGGGCAGGUGGGAUAGUGGCGAUGACUGAAAGUACGGUGGAUUUCAGUAGGUUGCAUGAUGAGAAGUCUAGGGUUCUGAGAGUGUUCCCUCCCCCUGUGGGCCCUGCUGCUAGUGCUGCUGCUAGUGCUGCUGCUAGUGCUCCUGCUGGUGCUGCUGCUAGUGGCGUUGGUGUUGGUGGUGCCAGUGUUGCUGCUGGUGGCUCUUCUGCUGCCACUCGCGCUGCUGGCACUGCUACAGCUGGAGCGUCAGGGGAAGGUGGUGGGGAGAGCCGGUGCGUCUUGUACGAGGAUGAUGGGGAGACUCUUAAAGGGGACAGAGCCGAGGUGCAUGUGUGCAUGCAGUGGGAUGCACAGAAGGUGGUGGUGACUGUAGCCAUCGUGCAUGUACAGGGGGGGAUUGGGGGAGAGAGUGGUGUGGGUAGCAGUGGGGAGAGCAACAGGGGGGAGAGCAGCAGAGGGGAGAGCAGCAGAGGGGAGAGCAGCAGAGGAGGCGGGUACAGAGUCCCCUGGGAGACUCUCAAGGUGGCUUUACCAGCUGCAGAUACACGUGAGCUGGUGAUUCAGUGGGGAGAUGGAGGGGGAGGAAGCGAGGUGGUGAACGAUAAAGGGCAGGUGGUUGCAGUGGAGAAGGGGGAGUUUGUCUGGCACUCACUAUAA